AUGCAGCGGUAUGGACCAGCUGGUGAGCUCUAUCUGACGGCCGGCAGGAUGCAGCAGGCAGUCGAAGCAUUCAUCGCUGGUGAAGAAUGGACCAAGGCUCGUCGGGUUGCUCGCGAACUUGAGCCUCGUCUUGAGGAAUAUGUUGAAGCAAAGUACAAGGGUCUUCUGAAGAUUGUUGUAAAUUCAAAUUAUUCCGUCUCUGAUGAUCUAGAUGUCACAGAAAUUAUCAAUCUUCCCGUUUCUCUUUACACUGUUCUUAUUCGCCGGUCUCUUCUGAUUCAGUCGACCGGUCAAGCUGAUGCCCUCGCAAGCCUUGAUCUGCUCUCCGCUCUCGAUAUGCUAGCCGAUCAGGGUUGCUGGGAUAAAUGCCUCGCCAUGGCCGAACAACACGCCGGCUUCUCAGCCUCGGCCAAGUCUCACGGAAGCAAAAGCAACGGGGUUGGUAGUCAAGACGCUUCGCCCAGUCGGGCCGGUAGCUCGAUGGCCAGUGAAGCUGUGGAGGGUUUG